CCAUUUAUGUCAUAAAUGGAAGCUAUAAUUUUUUUUUUUCAGGAUGGAUACUUUUCGCUGGAGCAAAGGUUUGCUGACCACAGUCACACUGGAAGCAUCCGUCAAGUAGCCAUUGGAGGAAAAUACUUAGUGUCUGGUGGAACUGAUGAACAUAUUAAAGUUUUCGACCUGAAUAAACAUGUUGAAGUAGGCACACUCAUGGAACAUGAAGGUACCAUUACAUACUUGGGGUUCCAUGGAAACCGUUACCUUUUUACAGCAUCAGAGGAUGGAAAAAUAUGUAUAAUUUCUAAAAAAGGAUGGAAGUGUGAAAAAACUCUCAGGGGGCACAAAGGACCUGUGAUUAGUGUAUCAGUUCAUCCAUCAGGAAAGUUAGCCUUAUCUUUGUCGCAAGACAAGAAGCUGCGCACAUGGAAUCUUAUCAAGGGAAGAAGAGCAUAUAUAACUCAUAUGGACAGAAUUGCUGAUAUAGUGAAGUGGUCACCAGCUGGUACAAAAUAUGUGAUUGUAAAGGGUAGUUGUUUAGAAGUAUAUGAAGUAACAUCUUGCCAAGUGGUACACACAAUUGAUUUUAAGGAAAGGGUGACAGUUUUCACCUUCAUGACCGAAGAUAUUGUUGCUGUAGCAGCUGGUGAUAAGAAUAUUUGUCUUUAUGACAUCACAAAUCAUUUUGAGUUGCUCCAGUGGGAAGCUCACAGUUUACGUGUCAAGAGUCUUUGCUUCAUUCCUAGAGAUGGUGAAGAGAUUUGGUUGGCCUCAGCCUCUUCAGAUGGCAGUGUCAAACUUUGGAAGCUACAGAUGUUGUCCUUAACAUCAGAGCCCGAGCUCUUGGCGGAGGUAGACACUACUUGUCGCAUCAUAUGUAUGGCAGUUUAUGUGUCUAGUCAAAAUAACAAGGAGAAGAUAGAGAACAUCAUAAAAAAGGAAAAACUGGAGUCAAAUGAAACUUCAGAAAAUGGCGUGAAAGAAGGAAAGAAAAAAAGGAAAGCUGGUGAAAAUGAAGUAAGCAAGCCAAAGAAAAAGAAAGUAAGAAUAGAGUUAGUUCCAGAAAAUGUUAAAAGUGGAGAUAAUUACUCUGAAGAUGUGAAAAAUGGAGGAAAGAUCAAGAAAAAAUUAGGUAAAAAUAAAAUUCAAAAGAAUUCGGCUAGUCAAGAAAAGAUUCUGAAGAAGAAAAUUGCAGAUGAGUUUAAAGAGAAAGUGGAAAGUAUAGAUAAUAUACCCAAGAUGAACUUGAAAAAUGGUGAAGGUGUUAAGAAAAAGAAAAAGAAGGGUAAAAUUCCAAACAAGGAAAGUGAUGACAAAGUUAAGAAAGAGAAAAUGAAAACUUUAGUUCCAAAGGAUACAGAAAGUGGAGACAGACCUACAAAGAAGAAAAAAGGUAAAAGUGAAGGACUUGCAAAGAAAAAGAAAUUGAAUAAAGUUUCCAAAAAAGUGAAAAUGGAUUCAUAAAAAAAUUGUAAUCAAUAA